AAAAAAUACAUAAUUGAAAUCACAUAGACCUAUAACUAGUAGAACAUCUGAACAAAUAAACAAUGUGCGAAUAAAUGCGCGAAGUUAACAAAGCAACAAUUGAAAGAUUACCAUUGGCAAAAUUUUGGUGUAAAACAAUCCCAUAUUUCUUGAAGCUUUUGUCUCAGUUCGGUGAUUGUACGAGCAGGAUGUUGUCGUAGAACCUUUUUCAUCUCGUG